AUGCUAAUUCAGCCAAUAAUGUUGUAUUGCUGUGAGCCACUCAUUACAGCCACAGAGGUGACUCUCAAACCACUCGAGAAGGCACAUAACCAAGCAUUACGACUAAUUACUGGAGGGAUAAAAUCAACACCCAUUGAUGCAAUGCUUCUAGUUACAGGAAGCACCACAAUAGGUUCUCUUAUCAAAGAGAAGGCCUUGAUCCUAUACGAGAAGCUACUGCGCAUUUCCAUGGACAAGUUCUUCAGCACCUAUGAGAAUAGACCAAGACACCUGAAAACGCAAUCUGGUCUAAUGCAGAAAGCCAUAGAACUGAAGAAAGCAUUACAAAUCGAUGACAAACCAAAAAGCCUCUCUCUCCCCAUGAACUCAUUAGCAGACAUUGAUGUAGUUGACACACUUGCUAAGAAGGGGACAACGAUUUUGCAAUGCAUGGACCGGCCCAUGUCUUUCCACACGAUGAAGGCCUUAAUCAGGAGAGAAUUCCAGACCUCAAGGUGCAACGAAAUUAAAGCUCGAACAAAGGAGAAACAGUAG